AUGAUCCAGUCUCGAGACCAUCCCGUCAUCAUGGAUAACCCCGCGCGCUUCACGGGCCUCUCACUCGCGGCUGUCCGAUUACACUUUGAAGCCUACACUAAAGAAUGCCAGGCUCGCGGAGAGCGGGAUGGCAUAAGUCGCCGUGCGUGCCUUGUGGUUGAUGAUGAGGUGCUACAGAUCCUGGCCGGUGCGGUGGCUCAAUCAUCUGCUGAAGUGGAAGUCGCCCACGUUGUAAACCGGAGAGCGUGUUGGGUGAAGACAGUUGAGGCGUGGCCUGAUCUGGAUGAGACUCAUGAUGACUAUGAUGGGUCUAUGAAGUGCUCGGUUUCCGCUCUGUGGAGGUUAUGGCAGUGGGCGAGUGAUCCAGAUCCAAUUGCAAUUUUGAUGCGGGAUGAGAAUGGGGUUUACAUUGGUUGA